GAGAGUGGAUAUAUGCUGCCUAGUUUCUUUUCACCAAAAGGAUGGACAGAUGGGAUGGACAUGGAGCAGAUCUUGCCAUUGUUGACCAUGUUUAACCCUACCCUUCAAGAUCAGUCAAUUGUUGAGCUUGUUUUAAAUGAGUAUCUAGGCACAUCCCCUGACAGGACCAAAAUCCGAGAUGGUUUUCGAGAGAUGUUAGGAGACUUUAUUUUCAACAUCCCAGCUCGCAAGGUAGCGAAUUACCACAGAGAUGCCGGUGCACCAGUAUACAUGUACGAAUUCCAGCAUCCUCCCAGUCUACUUCAAAAGAAACGACCUAGUUUUGUUGGAUGUGACCAUGGAGAUGAAGUUAUAUUUGUUUUUGGUUUUUGCUUCGCAGAUGGACGUAUAAAGCUGGAAGAGGAACUCUCAGAAGAAGAGAAUGAACUCUGUAGAACUGUCAUGGCUUACUGGGGAAACUUUGCUCGCACUGG